AUGAAGUACUCUGCCGCCGCCGCCCUCUCCAUGGCCACCAUGGUCGUGGCCAAGCCCAGCAUCACCAACACCGUCUUCGUCCUCGAGGAGGGUGAGCCCUUCACCGUCACCUACGCCGGUUGCAGCUCCGGCUGCACCAUCGAGCUCGAGAACGGUUCGGCCACCAACCUCAAGACGUUCAAGACUCUGACCUCCUCCGCUACCGGCAACUCCUUCACCUUCACCCCCUCCAUGCCCUCGGACCUGUACGCCUUCAAGAUCACCGACAACUCGUCCGGAGAGGAGAACUAUUCGAUCCAGUUCGACUACCAGGGUACUGGUGAGGCCAGCGCCAGCGCCACCACCACCACCGCCGAGUCCACCUCUGCGUCCACCUCUGCGUCCACCUCUGCUUCCACCAAGACCUCUACCUCUACCUCUACCUCUACCACCGAGACCGAGGAGACCACCACCACCACCACCACCCCUUCGUCCACCGUCACCUCCGAGACUUCCUCCACCACCGACGACGACAGGUCCACCACCGCUACCUCUACCCCUUCGUCCAAGACGGACGACUCUACCACCCUCACUACCGCUUCCGCCACCAGCUCCGAGACUCCCUCUUCUACC